GAGAGCGAGCGAGUGAGCAUCUGAUUUGAGGUGGGCGGGUGCUUGUGGGAGGCUGUGGAGCAGUAGAUGCUCGUUCAGACAGGAGAUUGAGUGUGAAUAGCUCACAUUGGCUUAGAUUCUAAGCUGGGCAGGACCACUAAUUUGCCGAGCUUGUGGGCUUUGGGUGGGAAAAAAAAGGGGGAAAAAAAAGAAGGCUACUGCCUGGACGAACGCUUGCUGAAAUGCAAGUGGAUGAAUAGAAAACCAACCUGCCUGGAUCUGUCUUUCUCUGAUUUUCCUGCUGGAAUUACAGUUUGGAUACGGUGGCAGCAACAACAGCAAGGCACAGCCCGUGCACUUCCAGAUGGUGAAGUUCCAGAGAUAGACUACAACUUCCUGUCUGGAGAUAGACUACAACUUCCUGUCUGGAGAUAGACUACAACUUCCUGUCUGGAGAGAAUUUACAGGACAUUGAUGCAGGGUGCGGCUCUUCUGGAAACAGUAACAUAUGAAGGUGACUGUAAUGGAGCUUCUGAAGCACCCAGCCUUGCCCCUUGCGGGACAGUGAUCUCCGGUGAUGCCGCUUUGACUGACAGCCACCCCAGGUUUCAGCGCUGAUACCCGAAGCACCCCGAGCCCCGCAAUGACUCACAGCGUGCUGGAAUAGUGCCUGCAGGCAAUGACGACGCCGACAACGCUCCUGAAAUGAACAAUAGCUUUUCAGGAGAUCCCAGCGAACGGGACGAGCGGUCAGUCGCCCGGCCGUACCCACCGCGACCGCGAGUUCCCUCCUACGGUCUGAGCGCCGCCGCGGCCUCCACCACGGACAACUCCCAGCAGACGCACGGACACCCCCAGACUCCGCAAGAAGAGGACCCCCUGGGGCCUCUGCCGGACAACUGGGAGAUGGCUUACACCGAGAACAGAGAGAACUACUUCAUAGACCACAACACAAAGACGACAUCCUGGAUUGACCCUCGGACCGUGGAGAAAGCCCAGAAGCCCCUGGAAGAAUGCGAAGAUGAUGAAGGCGUACACACAGAAGAGCCGGACUCUGAGUUAGAACUACCAGCAGGAUGGGAAAAGAUUGAUGACCCAGUCUAUGGGGUGUACUACGUUGAUCACAUAAACAGGAAGACGCAGUACGAAAACCCCGUUGUCGAGGCCAAACGGAAAAAGCAGCUCGAGCCACAGCAGCCACCCGAAGGUGAGCGGUACAUUCGAGAAUGGAUAGAGGAGCACUCUGCUGGAGCCCCUAUCUCCAGCUUCACGAUCAACCACCUGGAAACGUACCGAGACCCCCAGACAGUGCCCCCGCUACCGCCCCCACCAGGGGUCAAACGUGAGUCCCAGCACUGCCAGACCUGGGGUGGACCAGGGGUCAAACGAGGGAAGCCCUUUUUCACGAGGAACCCGGCGGAGCUGAAGGGAACCUUCAUCCACACCAAGCUGAAGAAGAGCAGGCGAGGCUUCGGGUUCACCGUGGUCGGAGGCGACGAGCCGGAUGAGUUCCUGCAGAUCAAAAGCCUGGUUCUGGACGGGCCCGCUGCUCUGGACGGGAAGAUGGAGACAGGCGACGUGAUCGUGAGCGUGAAUGAGACCUGCGUGCUGGGUUACACACAUGCCCAGGUGGUGAAGAUCUUCCAGUCUAUCCCCAUAGGGUCCAUGGUGGACCUGGAGCUGUGCCGGGGGUACCCCCUACCUUUCGACCCCGACGACCCCAACACCAGUCUUGUGACCUCGGUGGCCAUCCUUGACAAGGAGCCCAUCAUAGUCAAUGGACAGGAGAGCUACGAUUCACCGUCUGGACAUGGCGGAAGCGGUGUCACCCCGGGCAACGGCUCCAACGGGGCCCGGGAGCCCUUCCCGUUCAGCCCCUCCUCCUCGACCGAGAUGGGGCCCGAGCCCAGCGACGUGGUGACGCUGGCAUCGUCCAUCGUCACCCAGCCCGAGCUCAUCACCGUCCACAUGGAGAAGGGCGACAAAGGAUUUGGGUUCACCAUUGCCGACAGCCCUUCAGGAGGCGGGCAAAGGGUCAAGCAGAUCGUGGACUACCCCCGCUGCCGGGGCCUGAGGGAGGGAGACAUUCUGGUGGAGGUCAACAAGAGGAACGUGCAGAGCAUGACCCACAACCAGGUGGUGGAUCUCCUGAGCAAGUGUACCAAAGGAAGUGAGGUCACCAUGCUGGUGCAGAGAGGUGUGGUGUCAGCAAAGAAGAGUCCGAAAUUGCAGCAGCUGGAGAGGAAGGACAGUCAGAGCAGCUCCCAGCACAGUGCGUGCAGUCACCGGAGCACCCACACCGACUCGCCGGCCCACACGGUCGCCGCACCGCCAAACGAGGCCAACGCCCCCCCUCCCCCGCCCCCCACCCAGCCCCUGCCCGUCCUGCCAGGCCUGCCCGCCGUGCCCCCCCUCCAGGACCCAGCCGACGGCCCUGCCCAGAAGAAACCAGACCCCUUCAAAAUCUGGGCCCAGUCCAGGAGUAUGUAUGAGAGCAGACUGCCCGAUUCUCAGGAGCAGGACAUUUUCCUGUGGCGGAAGGAUACAGGGUUUGGAUUCCGAAUUCUUGGAGGAAAUGAGCCAGGAGAGCCGAUUUACAUAGGCCACAUUGUGAAGUACGGGGCAGCGGACGAGGACGGACGCCUUCGGUCGGGGGACGAGCUGAUCUGUGUGGAUGGGACAGCCGUGGUGGGGAAGUCCCAUCAGCUGGUGGUCCAGCUGAUGCAGCAGGCUGCCAAGCAGGGCCAUGUCAACCUCACCGUGCGCCGCAAGACCGGAUAUGGCGCGUCGAAGAAUAACGGCGAUGUGCCCCCGUCCCCGGCCUCGUCCCACCACAGCAGCACCCAGGCGCCCUCUCUGACGGAGGAGAAGCGCACGCCGCAGGGCAGCCAGAACUCGCUGAACACCGUCAGCUCGGGCAGCGGGAGCACCAGCGGCAUCGGCAGCGGGGGCGGGGGAGGCGGGAGCGGGAACGCCGUGGCGACCGGCGCCGUCCCCAUCCAGCCCUACGACGUGGAGAUCCGCCGCGGCGAGAACGAGGGCUUCGGGUUCGUCAUCGUCUCCUCCGUCUCCCGGCCUGAGGCGGGGACCAACUUCGCCGGGAACGCUUGCGUGGCCAUGCCCCACAAAAUCGGGCGCAUCAUCGAAGGGAGCCCCGCCGACCGCUGCGGCAAGCUGAAGGUGGGCGACCGCAUCCUGGCCGUCAACAGCUGCUCCAUCACCAACAAGUCCCACUCGGACAUCGUCAACCUGAUCAAGGAGGCCGGCAACACCGUCACGCUGAGGAUCAUUCCCGGAGACGAAUCCUCCAACGCUUCGCUUUUGACCAACGCUGAGAAGAUCGCUACCAUCACCACCACCCACACAGCCCAGCAGCAGCAGGCUGCACCUGAACCCAGGAACAAUACAAAACAAAAACAGGAUUCGUUUGAGUUUAAGUCUCCGCAGCAGGCCCCUCCACCUGCUCCAUCCCAAGCACAGCCGCCUCAGGAUGCAGAAUUCUACUCUGUUGACCUGGAGCGGGACAAUAAAGGAUUUGGGUUUAGCCUGCGAGGUGGACGGGAGUACAACAUGGACCUGUAUGUCCUGAGGCUGGCAGAGGAGGGGGCCGCCGUCCGAAACGGAAAGAUGAGGGUCGGUGAUGAAAUCCUGGAAAUCAAUGGAGAAAGCACAAAGAACAUGAAGCAUGCUCGCGCCAUCGAACUGAUCAAAAAUGGCGGCCGCAGGGUUCGCCUUGUUCUCAAGAGGGGGGACGGCUCAGUGCCUGAAUAUGACACCAGCGACCGGAACGGUCCCACCGCCGGUGCACAAAUUGUUCCGGAAGUGAAGCCGCUGGCGCUCAACAGUCGACCACACCCAUCAUUGGAGCCAAGUUAUCCACCAGAUCUUCACAAAUCAUCAUGGAAGGAGCAGCAGCAGAUGAGGGAGGAGUCUGGGUCAGACUGGUCAGACUGUAGCAGGGAGCACGGCCAACACGCCACCCACCAACACCAUCACCACCACCACCACCACACCUGGAACAACCGCGGGAGCCGGGCCGAACCGCAGCGCGCCCACGCCUCGCCGGACCACGGCAAGGCGGCCGGCCGGCAGCGGGCGAAGAAGUCGGAGGAGAGCGGCAUCGCCAGGAUUUUCAGGACCCUGAGGCGGGACGACGGGCGCGGGAGGAAGGCAGGGAGGCAGAAGAAUCCAGAAAACUGCCGGCGCCGGGGCUCCCUGGACAGGUCGCCGGGCCGGGGGCGGGAACGCUCCCCCGACCGACGCCGAGCCAAGUCGGUGGACCGGCGGCCGGAGAAGGCGCGGCGAGGCGGGAGCUUCCUGGCGGAGGUGCUGGCUCCUCGGCGCUCCUGCCAGGAGGACAGCCCUCUGAAGGAGGCCUCGCUUCUCCCGCCAUUCCACAGGGACCCCAGAUUCCACAGAGACGCCGACCCGGAGGAGGAGGAAGACGCUCUUCCUCUGAACAGGGGCAAGCUGUUCCACAGAGCAUUUAAAAAGAAAGGUAACCUGCUGAGGGAUGGGUCGCCCGAGAGGGGCGACAGAGAGAACAAGUUCGCGAGAGACCGAUCGCCCGAGAGGUAUUACAAGGCGGAGGCGGGGCCACAGCAAGCCUCGCCCCACAGGAGCUACGCAGACGAGGUGACUGCACCCAGACUCAUGGAGUACUACGGCACUCUGAAGUCCAGUUCAGGCCGCUGCCCCAAUAAACAGCCCCAGCCCAAGAAAAGGCCCUAUGAGAGCCACAAGGACCUGAGCGUCUGACCAAUCGCCAGCUGCGAAUCUCCUCAUGACACACCCCCUCAUCCGCAGAAGAGGUGGAGCUUAUACCUUUGAACAUCUUAAGUUUGUUCAUUUUCGACAGAGAUUCAGUACAUCACCCCCAAAAAGCAGAAACACUGAUAGUGUUUUCAUGGUUUGUUAUUCAUUUUGUUUUGUAGUUUUUUUUAGCAUAGUAGAGUUUAUCAGAAUUUUACAAAAUGACAAAAAGAAAAUAAUGUGCCUAACAGAACCAUACAUAGAGGUUUUUAAUCAGAAGAUGGGCCAUUUUUAACAGUUGUCUGAUUGACUUGAUUAAUUUCUUCCAGAGAAAGCUAAGGUGCGCCAAGUCACUGGCACUGUACUGUAAUUGGUGCACUGAUUUAUGCUGUGCAUAGCUCAAGGGUUUCUGCGUCAUUUAUCUCUUACUGCAUUGCCAUUGGUUUCCACCAGAAUAUAGCACAAGCCUGCAUCAUUUUGAAAGCUUGUUAUGUGUACACAUUCAGAAGCAUUCUUUUCAAGAGGUACAAUACAAAAAAGGUUAUAUAUAUAUACAUACGUGCAUACAGUGAGUUCUAUAAUGUUCGGGACAAAGACAUAUUUUUUCUUGAUUUGGCUCUGUACUCUGUUGUAGUUGUCAAACAAUUCACACGUGGUUAAAGUGCUGAUUCUCAGCUUUUAUUAAAGGGUGUUUUUACACAUUUUGGUUUCACCAUGUAGAGCAGUACUCUUACAGCACUUUUUAUACAUAGUCCCCCCCCAUUUCAGGGCACAAUAAUAUUUGGGACAAACGACUUCACAGGUGUUUCUGUCAGUUGCGUUCAAUUGCUUACUUAGUGCGGGUAUAAGAGAGCUUUUAGUAUCUAGUUUUAAUUCUACCCUUUUGAUUACCCUUGGAGUCUGUUAUUGCUGUUUGUCAAUAUGAGGACCAGAGUUGUGCCAGUGAAUGUCAAGGAAGCCAUUAUGAGCCAGGUGAGCGAAGGAAGACCUCUAAAAAUUACCAAAGAAUUCUCACCAUAAUGAGGAAAAACCCCAAACCGCUAUCUAACAGUUCAGAAACGCUCUUCAGGAGGCAGGUGUGGAUGUGUCAGUGACUACUGUCCACAGAAGAUUUCACAAAUAGAAACAGAGACUACACUGAAAGAUGCAAACUACUCAUUUGCAGCAAAACAGGAUGGCCAGUAAGCACUUAAAAGAGCCUGCAGCGUUCUGAAAAAAGGUCUUGUGGAUAAAUGAGACCAAGAUUCACUUGUAUCAGAGUGAUGGCAAGAGCAAAGUGUGGAGGCCAAGGGGAACUGCCCAAGAUCCAGAGCACCCCCUCCCCUCAUCUGUGAAACA